AAGUGCCGACUCAGAUGCUGUCAUUGCAUUCGGACGAAGUGGUGGCCAAGAAUGCACUUCAGUAUCGUUUGUCGCGUUUGUAUUAUUUGAAUAAUCUGUCGAAAGAUGAUUCCAAACGCAAAGGCGGACACAAUCCCGACAUGUGUCCCAUAUGUCACUUCGAAAUGGGCGAACAGUGGUCUGUCAUGCAGUGCGGGCACAGUCUGUGCGUCAAAUGUCUGGACAUAAUGCUGGCCGAGUACUCGCGCCGGACGGGCGCCGGUCUGAGCAUACAGUGCGCGAUGUGUCGCGAAUACUGUCCGGCGUCUGCCGUACUGUACGUGAACUCGACCGCCGGCGACAAAGAGGCCGAUCAGCUGGAAGUGGCCGGCAGUUGGUCCACGAAAGUGGAGGAAGUGGUCAGAUGUUUGCUACAGAUAGUGGCCGACGAGCCGACGGCCAAAUCGCUGGUGUUCAGCACCUGGACGGACGUACUUCAGCUCAUAUCCAACGCGUUGGUCGACAAUCAAUUCAAUCACUGUUUUAUCGCCAAUUCAUCUAAAUUUAGCCAAAAAGUGGACACAUUUAAGCAAAACCCGGAGAUUAAGGCACUGCUGAUGGCCAUUGAUUUGGGCGCCAAAGGGCUGAACCUAAUAGAGGCCACGCAUGUGAUACUCGUCGAGCCGACGCUCAAUAAGGCCAACGAACUGCAGGCCGUCGGACGCGUCCACCGAAUCGGACAAACAAAACCGACUUUUGUUCACCGUUUUAUCGUGAAGAACACCAUCGAAGAGCGGAUCUCUAGUUUGUAUUCAAUCGACGGCCAAACCGAGGGCUCGGCCGACGGCCCACUUUCGCCACAAUUGUUACAAACCUCUGAACACGCGUUCAUUACAUUGAAUCAAAUGAAACGUCUAUUUGAUGGCAAUUAGCGAUAUAUUAAUCGCGAAAAACUGACUAAAAAUAUCAAUAAUUACGAGUUUAGACAUUAAAUUGUGCAUUAAUUUUAGACAAACACUUA